AUCACAACUUCUAUCAUUUCUUGGCACCGGACACAAUAACUGUAUGAAGCACGUUUAAUUAUUAGCCCUGUUUUACAGAUGAGGAAACCGAGGCUUAGAGAGGUGAAAGCCCUUGUCUAAGGUCACACAGCCGGGAAGUGAUGGAUCUGGGAUUCCAGUCCAGGCCGUCAGGCUCCAGAAGGCACAGUCCAGCUACUGGGUGGCCUCCAGAUGAAACAUGCACAUUUAUUGACACCUGCAAUUGCCAGGCUCUAGGCUAAGCUCUUCUGUGCACUGGCUCCUUCACAGUGUACUUAGGGAAACACAGGCCAGGAUUCCAGAAGGCCAGGGCCCCAUGAUGCCUAGCUGCGACCGUCCCUGUGGCUGCAGCCGUGGCCCCAACGUGGAAGAUGGCAAGUGGUAUGGGGUCCGCUCCUAUCUGCACCUCUUCUAUGAGGACUGUGCAGGUACUGCCCUCAGCGAUGACCCCGAGGGGCCUCCUAUCCUGUGCCCCCGCCGACCCUGGCCCUCACUGUGCUGGAAGAUCAGCCUGUCCUCCGGGACCCUGCUUCUGCUGCUGGGUGUGGCGGCCCUAACCACUGGCUAUGCAGUGCCCCCCAAGCUGGAAGGCAUCGGAGAGGGUGAGUUCCUGGUGUUGGAUCAGCGGGCAGCCGACUACAACCAGGCCCUGGGCACCUGCCGCCUGGCUGGUACGGCGCUCUGCGUGGCGGCUGGAGUCCUGCUGGCUAUCUGCCUGUUCUGGGCCAUGACGGGCUGGCUGAGCCAGGACACCAAGGCAGAACCCUUGGACACCGAAGCUGACAGCCAUGUGGAGGUCUUCGGGGACGAGCCCGAGCAGCAGCUGUCCCCCAUCUUCCGUGAUGCCAGUGGCCAGUCUUGGUUCUCGCCGCCCGCCGGCCCCUUUGGGCAAUCCUCUGUGCAGACCAUCCAGCCCAAGCGGGACUCUUGAGCUGCCCACAUGGCCAGAGGAGGCGCCAGACCUGGAGUCUGGACCCUUCCUCCUCCCCAUCACACCCCGCCCUCCCCUUGUCUCCCUAACUUCUCCCUUUCAGUAGAGCCCCUUCCCUUUAAGUUCCCAGAAGGCCCCACACCAGGUCAGAAAGUCGAGCUCACAUCUUCAUGCCCCGUCCCAGGGGUAGGGCCCCAUCUCAUCCAAGAUGUCAACCUUCCCCAAGUCCUCCUAAAACUGCCCACCUGCCCCUCCUUCCCAAGGCUCUUUAGGAGCAGAAAGCAUCUCCCUCAACCGAUCCCCCCUCUCCUCUGUGACCUUGGGAAAGCCCCUCACCCUUUCAGACCAUCGGUUCCUGCCUAUGUGCUACGAGGCCUGGACCAGAGCCUAGAGUUCCUUGACUCUCCUAUUCUCCCCAGGAUGUAAGCAUUCCCCUCAUGGGCCAAGACAGGAGGAGGGGAAGCGAGGUCAUUCUCAUCCACUGACCCUCCCUCUGUCGGCUGUACCAGGAUGCCUUGGGAUGGGUCAAAGAUGCUCCCUUGGACUUCCCCUCCAGGAUGUGUGAACACAUUUAUCCCUACAGUACGUUUGCUACAUGCAUUUUGGCAUCAGAGCCCCUCAGUCCACCCAUUAAGGGCUGUUACUAGCCCCAGUUUACAGAGCAGGAGGCUGAGGGAGGCUGGCGGUCUGCAGGAACUCAGACCUAUAUCUUCAGACUCCUCCUGGGCCAGCUCUUGCUCUACAGCUGGAGCAGGGCUCUGCACCUGCCUGGUUUCCAGGGGACCCCCCAGGGUGGGGGUCAGAUUCAGCCCAGAGAGACUAGCUGCAGGCCUCAUGGUCCCAUGUGGCUCGGAAGAUACUUUGGACAUGCAUUUAAAUGGUCUCUAAGAGCCAGGGGGCAGGAGAACUGGAUGUAUUUGCCCCUCAAAUUCCACCCACCUAGAAACCAUCACCCGUAGGUCCUGAUCUUACCUGUAACAGAUGUGCCCUCCUGGAGGUACCAAGCCCUCCAUCCUGCAGGCUCCCCAGCCAGGUGCAUCGUCUCCGUUCUCCACCACCAGGGGGAGCUCCAAGACAGCUGGAGAGAGGCGCCCAUGGGCCGCGCCCUUGCCCUCCCCACAGUCUCACCACCAGCCUGGAGGGGCCUCCUGGGAGGGUCCUCAGUCCGCCCUGACCAGGCAGGCCCUGUUGCCCUUGUGCGGCAUCCCCCCUCCCCAUCCUCACCCCUUCCAUCCCACCUUCCCUUUCAAUAAACACUG